CGACAGUCCGGUCUUUUUUCCCCUAGCGCCGCCGGGCCUGCAGGUCUGUGUGGAGCCGCGGUUGCGGGUGUCUGUUCCGCAGGAUGGGGUUCGUGAAAGUUGUCAAGAAUAAGGCCUACUUUAAGAGGUACCAAGUGAGGUUUAGAAGGCGUCGAGAGGGUAAAACCGACUACUAUGCUCGGAAGCGAUUGGUGAUCCAGGACAAAAACAAGUACAACACACCCAAAUACAGGAUGAUAGUUCGUGUGACUAACAGAGACAUCAUCUGCCAGAUUGCCUAUGCCCGUAUAGAAGGGGACAUGAUAGUCUGCGCAGCAUAUGCACACGAGCUGCCCAAAUACGGUGUGAAAGUUGGCCUGACAAAUUAUGCUGCAGCCUAUUGUACUGGCCUGCUGCUGGCUCGCAGGCUUCUCAAUAGGUUUGGAAUGGACAAGAUCUAUGAAGGCCAAGUGGAGGUGACUGGAGACGAAUACAACGUGGAGAGCAUUGAUGGUCAGCCUGGGGCCUUCACUUGCUAUCUGGAUGCUGGUCUUGCCCGAACUACAACUGGCAAUAAAGUGUUUGGGGCCCUGAAGGGCGCUGUGGAUGGCGGCUUGUCUAUUCCUCAUAGUACCAAACGAUUCCCUGGUUAUGAUUCUGAAAGCAAGGAGUUCAAUGCAGAAGUGCAUCGGAAGCACAUCAUGGGACAGAAUGUCGCAGACUACAUGCGUUACCUAAUGGAGGAAGAUGAAGAUGCUUAUAAGAAACAGUUCUCCCAGUACAUAAAGAACAACGUCACUCCAGACAUGAUGGAGGAGAUGUAUAAGAAAGCUCACGCUGCUAUCCGAGAGAAUCCAGUCUAUGAGAAGAAGCCCAAGAGAGAGGUGAAGAAGAAGAGGUGGAACCGUCCCAAAAUGUCUUUGGCCCAGAAGAAAGAUCGGGUUGCUCAAAAGAAGGCAAGCUUCCUCAGAGCUCAAGAACGGGCUACUGAGAGCUAAAGCAAUUUUCUAUGAAGAUUUUUUCAUAAAGAUAAUAAACUUAUUGACCAAGCA